AUGAAAUCCCACUUCUUCGUGGGUGCGCUAUGUCUGCUUUUGCAGCCUGCGCAGGUCGAGUGCCAAGCAUUCGGCCUCCCCGGCUGCCCAUGCGUAGAGGUGAAUUUUUUGUCAAGCACUUAUUGGAGCAACUUCGGCGUUCUACAGGUCCCAACCUCCAAGGGCUUGUUGGUCUACAACCACUCAGAGACCUUCGGGUCGUACUGCGCGGCUUGGGAUGCCAAGCUUGCUGGCUUGUCGGGUCUCUGCAGCUCUGCAGGCGAGUGUCAGCAGUCCUAUUGCUACGUGGAUCCUUCGAACUGCUCCACCGCCAGCUACCCGACCUCGUACUUUCCUCAGCUUGGCUUGCAGUACUCAUACCUGACUUGUGGCGACUCAGCCAGCCAGGAGGACUUUGUGACACAGAUUCGCACGCAGCUGACUGGCCAGACAUUCCGCUUUGCGUAUCCGGCCAGUAGCCGGCCAUGGCACUACGAGCAGGACGACGGAUGGACCGGAUCAGUCGCGAGCUUCUUCCAAGAGCUCUCCGUCGAGGCGGGGUUUCAAACUGUCCAGGCGACUGUUUCCGAAGCAUCCUUGAGCCUCUUUGCUUCCCCCUGGGAUGCAUGUGUCCACGAUGUCCAGAUGCAGCUGAUUGACUUCUGCAUCUCGGUUGUCAUGGAGACGGACACAAGGCGACAGAUGGCCACCUUUACCAGCCCAAUCCUUGCGGGGAACAUGAAGCUGAUGGUCCGAAAAGAGGUGGCGGACAACCGCUGGGAUCCCGCUUUGGGAUAUGAGUCUGUUUGGUUCAGCUUCUUGAAGCCCUUCUCUCCCAUUCUUUGGCUCUUGGUCGCCAGCCUGGUCUUCACUGCUGGAAUCUUCUUCUACUGGGUGGAGGAGGAGGAUGGGACCUGUAGCUGCUGCAGCUCCAGCAUGCUGCAUCCCCGCAAAGCACUGGCAGGCCUCAAGAAGAUCUGCGAAGGGCUGCAAUAUGGGACUUUGGCCUUCUUUGCGGGUGGUGACCUCGGGGGUGCCAAGAUUGACGACACGAGGACGCGGGCCGGCAGUGCCAUUCGCGUCGGCUUCGCAGUUUUCACGAUGGUCAUGGUUGCGACCUACACGGCCAACCUGGCCCAGCUGCUGGUGGUGAGUGCACAGCAGACAACCGGUAUUACAGGCGUCAAGGAUUGCGACCCUCCAUCCGACAUCUGCCAGAAGGUCUGCAUCAUCCAGCAGCAGUUGAACUUGGUACGUAACCAGCACCCUACCAUGGACGUGGUCACAUUCCCCAACUCAGGGGAUCUGUUUGGAGGCUUGGCAAAUGGUGACUGCCAAGCUGCUGUUGUUCCUGAGCAUGAUGUCCGUGCGCGAUCCGACUUCCAGGAAGCGAUGUGUGCCAAUGGCUUCCAUCUCGUCGGUGAUCCCAUCUUCACUGUCUAUGUUGGCUUCGCAGUUCGGGCGGACUUGGUGAAUGCCCUCAGCUUCUACACCUUGCAACUGGUGUACCAAGGCAAGUUUGCUGCUGCAUAUGAGCUGUUCCGAUACAAGAAGAUCGACACAUGCCUGGAGGAAGUGGCAGAAGUAGAGGAGGGCCAACUUACGGCCUUAGACAUGGGAGGAGUCUGUAUUCUCUUCACUGUCUUCCUGCUCAUUGCAGUUGGGCUGCGCUUGGCCAAACGAGGAGUCCACAGGGUGAGGGGCGGAUCCAGCAUGCGUGCCGAAUCCGAAAUUGAGGAGGUUCAGAACGACAGUAACGACAGCAAAGAUCUAGAACCGAAUGUUCAAAAUGAUGAAGAAGUUCCGAGCAAAGGCCCUUCCCAACCAGAAGCCGUGGAGAAGGUGGAGAAGAGGGACAAGCCAGUGCCGGUUCAACUGCCCAUCUAG